GCGAAAAAUAUUAUAGGCACACAAUACUACAUAAACAAUAAAUAAUGUCAGUCGUGAGAAGCUUAUGUCGGUGCGGUUUGCAAAGUCAAGGUUUGAUUAAACAAAUUGGAUUGGUAAAACCCUUGAUCGGAAAUGUUGAUAAUGUGUCUCUAGUUCAAGGACUCAGUAGUGUUCGAAAGUUAGCAACUCAAAGGGAAGUAGACGAUAAUAUACAAAAAUUCAAAGCAGGAAAUUAUGAAACCAUUCCAGACCCCAAAAGUUUGCAGCACUUCAAGAAAAGCGAAGAUAAGAUAUCAGCAGUUGUAUCAGGAGACCCUCCUCCAAUUGGCACACACGCAUUACCUCAUCCAAUAUGGUCUGAAGGAGAACUCCACAGUGUUCAAGUCACACACAAGCCACCAGAGGGUAUAGUUGACAAGAUGGCAUACUACAGUGUAAAAGUAAUGCGAAAGACCUUUGAUACCCUGAGUGGUUUCAACAGAGGGGAAAGAAACGAACGCAGAUGGGUUUUACGAAUAUGUUUUCUAGAAACAGUUGCUGGUGUCCCGGGUAUGGUGGCCGCCAUGUUAAGACAUUUAAGUUCUUUAAGACGAAUGCAAAGAGAUUAUGGUUGGAUCCACACACUUCUAGAGGAAGCAGAAAAUGAAAGAAUGCACCUCAUGACAGCAUUACAGUUACGUCAACCCAGUCAAUUAUUUAGACUUUGUGUUGUAGGGGCACAAGGUACUUUCGUGACUAUGUUUAGUUUAGCUUACUUAAUGAGUCCAAGAUUUUGUCACAGAUUUGUUGGAUAUUUGGAGGAAGAAGCAGUGAUAACAUACUCUAAAUGCUUACAGGACAUACAGAAGGGUUCAAUGCAGCAUUGGAAGACACAGGUUGCACCAGAAAUUGCAAUUAAUUAUUGGAAGUUACAAGAGAACGCCACGAUGUUAGAUGUGAUCCUUGCCAUUCGUGCAGAUGAGGCUCAUCACAGGGUUGUCAAUCACACGCUAGCUUCAUUAAAGGAAGAUGACUACAAUCCAUAUAAACCGGGACAGUGAAAAAACCCACACGAUUCCAGUCAUUCAUCAUUUCGUGGGAAACCAGAUUGCAUGAGACAAAAGUGCCAUGCAAAAUGCAAAAUAGUUCUUGUUGUUUUCAUCAUAACACGUCACAGGUACUUUGCAAUCAAAUGAUUGAAACAUCAAACAAACGAUGAGUUAAAGGGAGGAACAUAGUCAUGUGUGAAGUUUGAUGGUAUACAUUGAAUUGCAGAGUGCAGUCACAUCAUAAUAAAUAGACACGAAACAGUACAAGAAAGAGAUCCAUAAGUUAAGGAUUUUUCUUAUGGAGAUAAGUUCGACAUGAUAACAAUAUAUGAAGUACUAUUUAAAUCUUUAAUAGGGAGCGUUAUCAUUAUUUUUAGUCAUUAUGUUUUACUCGUUUUGUUCAAUAUAAACUAGAAUCUCUUACUCUUCUACAAAACUUA